CUUAACGGUGAUCUUGUGCCCCUAUUUCUGAGUCAAUAAGUAAAUCAGCAAGCUCAAGGACGGAUCCUGCAGCAUAGCAAUGUCCAAGAUACGUGUCGCCGUUCUUACAGUCAGCGAUACAGCAUCCGCGGAUGCGUCUGCGGACAAGUCGGGUCCAACGAUCAGGGAAAUCGCACAGCAGAAUGAUCAUGAGUGCGUCGAGUACCGGAUCGUACCCGACGAUGAAGCGCAGAUCCGCGAGACUGUCAAGUCUUGGGCGGAGCAAGGCGUCGCGGACUGGAUUAUUACCACAGGCGGGACUGGCUUUGGACUGCGUGACAAGACUCCAGAGGCCCUUGCACCGCUCUUUGAGCGCGAAGCUCCAGGCAUCGUCCACCUUCUGCUCGCAAGUUCGCUGCAGAAGACCCCUUUCGCCGCUUUAGCACGCCCGGUAGCCGGGACGGUGAAGAAUUCAUUAGUCGUCACAUUGCCAGGAAGCGUCAGGGCCGUAAAGGAGAAUCUCGACGCUCUUUUCCAAGCUGGUGUGGUGAAUCAUGCGAUCGACCUCAUACGGGGCGGUUCCGGCAAGGAAGUACAUGCUCAACUAGCAAGCUCGGCAUCGCAGAGCGGCAGCCCCCAAAGCUCCCAGCCUUCCCAUUCCCACUCCCACCACCACGACAGCGAUGGGCACCACCAUCAUCAUCGCCACGAGCACACUAUUCCUACGCCCAGGACGACGCUCUCGCAUGACCCGUCCGCUCCCGUCUCUACGCGGCACAGAAUCUCUCCGUAUCCCGCCAUCACGCUCGAGAGCGCACUCGAAGCAAUCUUCCGCGAAGUGAAGCCUCUGGAGCCGCGCGAAGCACUGGUUUCGUCGGAGCUGCGAGGAAGCGUGCUGGCAGAAGACGUAUUCGCUUCUCAGAACGUCCCGGUGACGACCACGACGAAUGUCGAUGGCUACGCUGUGCGCUCGAGCGAUCCUCCUGGCAUAUACAAGGUCCUGACGCCGCAUACGCAUGCGCUGGCGACACCGGUCCCGGAGGGCCAUAUCUUCCGCGUCAAUACUGGUGCGCCGCUUCCGGCGGGCACGGACGCGGUCGUGAUGGUCGAGGACACGCGCCUCCAUAACAGCGACGAAAGCGGCGAAGAGCUCGAGGUUGAAACGUUGGCGCAGGUCGAUCCGGACGAGAGCGUCCGCAAGCCAGGUUCAGACGUCAAGAAGGGCGAGCUUGCACUUGAAAAGGGCACAGUCCUGCUUUCGCAUGGCGGGGAGAUCGGCACGAUAGCUUUCGUGGGCAAGCAGAGGGUCAAAAUACAUCCGAAGCCGGUCGUCGCCGUGCUGAGCACCGGGAAUGAAUUGCUCGACAUCCAAAAUCCUCAGAAGAUGGACAGCGACGGCUGGGGUGGGAUCUGGGACACGAAUCGGCCGUCUUUGUCGGCCGCGCUAGAGGGCUUGGGGUACAAGGUUGUGGACCUUGGCAUCGUUCCCGACAGUCUCGAGAAGCACAUCGAGACCUUGAAAAGAGGACUGGAGCAAGCCGAUAUUGUGCUCACAACGGGCGGAACCAGUAUGGGCGCGAGUGACUUGCUGAAGCCCGUCAUUGAGCGACAUCUGAACGGGACCAUCCACUUUGGACGUGUCAGGAUCAAGCCGGGGAAGCCGACGACAUUCGCGACUAUCCCUACGACGAAGGGGCUUGUACCAAUGUUCGCGCUUCCCGGAAACCCUGCUUCCGCCCUGGUAACGUUCCAUGUCUUUGCCCUUCCAGCCUUAAGAAGACUUGGUGGAUGGCCAAUGUCGAGGUCCCAGUUACCGCGUGUGCGAGUUCAGCUGCAAGGCAAUAUGCGUCUAGAUCCCCGCGUAGAGUUCCAUCGUGUAUCAAUUCAAGCAAGCGCAGAGGGCCUCAAGGCGUACAGUACUGGUGGACAGCGCUCCAGUCGCGUGGCAAGUCUCGCCGGAGCGAACGGCGUAGUGGUCCUCCCUUCCAAGGUCGAGGGUGGCCCAAGUGAGGUGAAGGUGGGCGAGCUUGUGGAAGCCAUAGUAAUAGGGGAGUUGCACUUGCAGCAUUAGUGUGGUCGAAAGGAGAGACAAAGGUGUACGAUAUGCUUGAGAUGCUUGCACAAGCGGGAACCUAACGAGAUUAUGUUUCUCUUUUCUUGUUCAUGGCUGCCAGUUGCAUGGCAUCGACUUCGGCCUGUAAAGCAGCCAUCUCUUCCUCAAGUUGCUCUCGUUGGCGGACAAGGAUCUGGAUCUUUCGCGCCUCUAGCUUGUUCAUACCCGCGGUGUUGACAGCUGAUCGCGAGGCAGGUCUUGUCCGUUGCGUCUCCAGCCUUGUCCGCAACAUAUUCUCUCUCUUCGCCAAGACCUUCAUCCCUCUCUCUGCUCGAUUGAGGAGCUCGUUGAUCUGAGGCUCGAUCUCAUCAGUGACGUCCCCCUUGUACUUGCGCACGGUGGCUUCGUCGAUAAGUAGGAAGACCCGUUCAUUCUCUAAUACUUUCGCUAUCCGUGGCAGGUCAUAGGUCCCCUGUCGGAUUAUCUCUUGAG